AGGCGACGGCGACCAGGAGAGGGUCCUGCAGGACCGAGUGCCGCGAGCACAUGCGGUCUCAGGGGCCCCACCUGCUGCUGAGCAUGCUCGGCAUCGCGUUGUCAGCACCUGCGCGGAACUACCUCCGUCGCACAAAUUUAGGCUUGAAGCACUUCCUCGCGCGACACCCAGAGUUUCGGGUCGAGGGUCCGAAGGGCGGCGAGAAGGUGCUGUGGGGCGGAGCAGGGGGAAGGCUCGGCGGCCUCGGCAACGAGGCUAGCUUCCAGGACUUCCACGAUUUCCAGGCCAUGCAGUGGGCGCUGUCGACGACCAUGAGGGAUCUGGAGCCGGCCACCCCCAAGCUUCCGGGCAGGCCCUCGGGCAAGGCCGGGCACAUGCAGUCCACCUCCGGGGGGCACAGCUACGAGGACACACCGAGCAACUGGGGCACUCCGCCCAUCGGAGGCUCCACGCCGCAGCUGGGCGGCGCAGGGGCGAUGCUCUCGGACGGGCACGGUAUGGACUUCGCCGCCUUCGGCGGCGCCUGGCCCCCGUACUGGGCGGGCGCCUGGGACCACCAGGCCUGGGCUGGCUGGCCACCAGGCGAGGGCAUGGACGCCAUGGCAGUUGCUCAGGCGGCGGCGCACGGCGAGAAGAAGCGCGGUGCGGCGCGCGGAGAGGGCGCCGCGGCUCGCAGCCACGCGCACCUGCACCCGGAGAGCCACCCGUUCGCGCACCGGGCCGCCGGCGCGGAGGACCAGGCCGCCGGCAAGGGCGAGCAGGAGGCCGCGAGCGUCGCGGCGCUCCGGCUGCGGGGGCUGCCCUUCAGCGUGACGGUGCAGGACGUGCUCGCGUUCUUCUCGCAGCACCAGGUGGCGGAGUGCAUCGCAGACGGGGCUGGCGCUUGCAGCCUGCUCACGAAGGCGAACGGCAGGCCUUCUGGCCAGGCCGUGGUGCAGAUGCGGAGCCGCCAGGACGCCGAGCUCGCGAAAGAGCGCCUGCAGGGCCAGCACAUGGAGACCCGGUACAUAGAGGUCUUCGUGUACGGCGGAGAGGGCGGCACCUUCGGCGGCGACAGCGAGGGUGGUCCAGCCACGGCCUCGGCGGCCCAGGUGAGUUGUCCUACGGCCACCAGCCAGCUGCCAGAUGGAGCGCCUUCGUGGGGCGUGGGCAUGAGCCCGUGGAUGCCCUGGGAGCAGCUCGAGGGGCAUCCCCGGGCCGCCGCCGGCGCCCGCGAGGGCCCGCCGGCCGACGGGGCAAGCGCUGCCGAGGGCUCGCCGGAGAACUGGUCUGCGCUGUUCAAGUUUCUCUACAACGAGCAGCAUCCAGAUGCGGGAGCUUUUGGGAUCGGAGGUGCGUUCCUGCCAGGAGGCCCGCAGCCGCUCGCGGACGGCGGCGUGCCCGUGCCCCUGCCGGUGGACAUGUCGGCGCAGCCCCCGAUGCAGACCCUGCGGGUGUGAGCCCCCGAGGGGGCCGCGGCGCGGGCGGGCGGGCGGGCCCUCCGUCCGUCCCUCCUCCCCCCCUCCUCCUCCUCUCUCCUCCUCCUCCUCCU